GCAGUUUCGCAGCUUUUCACGCACUCUGGACAAACCUAAACAGCAGUUUUAAAUACUCGGAGCUCCCGCAGCUACAGUGUUCAGAUCUGAGGAAGUACCCGAGCGGGCCGCUGCACGGCAGAGCUUUCACGCAUUCAGCGUCUCGCGUGUGGUUUACUUACGUUGAUGCAGGAGGGGAAAGUUGUGGACAUGUUUUCCUGGAAGUGCACAGUUUUACGGAUACAGUGUGCAACAUUGUAACUACAGCCUUUCCGGCCUGUCCGGACUUUGGAGUAUCUUUCCGCGGGGCCGUUCGGUCGCCUGCUCGCCAUAUUGCGCGCUGUGAAACUCGAGGGAAAGUUGUCAGAGUUAUGACAUUUGCUGCGCACAGUCCCUUCAUGGAGCUGCGCGCAGUUGAUCGAAACCAAAGUGACUCCGUGGAGGUGGCCACGGGGAACUCUGUGCACCAUUGAUAAGGUGAUCACACUGUGUGUCUUGCACCCCUAAAGAAGAUGGACAACGAGCCUCAGAUUUGAUUCUUCUGCAUGUUCUCCACCCUGUGCUUUCCUUUGGGAUUUUUAUUUCCUCUCUGUAUACACAGUCAAAGAAUUUCUUAACCACAGGCAGUGAAAGCACACUACAGAGGCACUAACUUGGUUUUGCACGCUCACAGAUCAAGACUGAAAGCUCUAUUACUAUGAGUCUUCCUGCUCAAGUAAAUACUGACAAGAGUGGUAAGCACCGUGCUGCAGCCAUGAAAGAGGCUGUGCAGCACCCAGAGGUUUAUUAUAAUGUGGGACCAUCGGCUUUAGAGUCAAGCCACAGUGACUCCGCUAGCAGCUCUGGUGUUUAUAACCAAGAGAAAGGCCCCCAAAGUUUACCACACUAUCAACAGGCUGCUCCAGUAAAAUGGAUGCACCAGGACCCCUUACAGACCUCCGGCUGGUCCCAGGAAGUUCCUGUGUCAGCCUGGGGGCAGAAUUUUGGCACCUAUAUGAGCGGAGUGAAUGUCAGGAAUCAGAUGCCGUUCCACAAAGGAGUCCACGAAGGUGUAGCUUUGCCGAUGGGAGGGGAAAAUCAGCUGGCUGGACCUGUGGAGGUUUACAGAGAUGCCACCCAGGCUCCAGCUCAAGGGAGGGGGAUUGAGUGGGAACAGCAUCCUGCAGUGAUGCACCAGGCUCAGCUGCAAUCCUAUCAACAUGGCCACAAAGGCGUAGAGCUCCAGGGCCAGCCACAUGUGCCACCUCACACUUUGCCGGGGUCCAUGCUGCAGCCCUUCCAGGCAACAUUCAGACCCAGCAAGCAGCAGUUCUCAUCUGGCUAUUACUCAGUUUUUCCAGGAAACAAGGCAAUAUCAAACCUGGCAUACGGUGAGCAGCCCAAAACUCAACAGCAUCUUCUACACCAGAUUCAGCAGCAGCAGCAACAACAACAACAGCAACAAAUACAUCAUCACCACCAGCAGCAGCAGCAACAACAGUUGCACCAGCAACAACAACAGAUUCAGCUGCAGCAGCAGCAGCAACAUUUGCAGCAACAGCAGCACCAAAUCCAACAUCAUCAAAUGCAACAGUUGCAACAAAUACAGCAACAGUAUCAACACCAGCAGUUCCAGGGGCGACAGCAACAAAUUCAGCAAAUGCAGCACCAGCAGCAGCAACAACAACAACAACAACAACAACAACAACAGUUACAACAGCCAAAUGUGCCACAGCAAGACACAACACAGCCACAGGUGCAGCCGAAACAGCAACAGACCCAAAACUUUGUGGCUUAUCGGCCUUCCGAGCCUCCCACAUCCAAACCACAAUCCAAACCUGGGUCUAAAGAAGAUGUCCAGUCAGUGGAGCAGCAGCAGGAGCCAGAGGCUCAAACCCAUGACACAUCAGCUGUACCUGAUCCAUGCCCUGAAAAGGCCGGCACGAAUCCCACAGAGCCUGCAAAUGCAGCUGCUCCUCGGCGCUCGCGUCGCCUUUCCAGGGAGGGACAGUCCCCACUGGGUCCCCCUCCGACAAACAUCUGGCCUCAAGCUAAAGAGCCCCCACCACCCCAGAAUGGAGUAGCAGGUGUGCAGGUUGCGAAAGCAGGGGAAAGCCAAGUGACAACAGGAGGGGUCAUCCGUAGGAGAAGGAGAGCAUCCAAGGAGAUCAACUUGGAAACCCUGGCCCAGAAGGCAUCAGAGAUGGAGUCCCUGCCUCCUAAAGUUGUAAAGCAGGAAGACGGUGCUUCAAGCAGACAAGCCACCAUGGUGCCCCUGGUUAUCCCAGUGUCUGUGCCAGUGCACAAAAGUCAAACAGAUCCUCAGGGUGGAUGGGCUCAGGGGCGGCUCAGUCAGGGCGAGCGGCCUGUUGUACAGUCUGAUCGCAAACCUUCUGUCAUUGUGGCUCGCCGGAGAUCACUCAGAAGCACCAUGACUGAGAGCUUUGCUCAGGAUGGGGAAAACGAUCCGGGACUCGAUGAGGAUGGAAAAGCCAAAUUUAAGCGCAAACCUCGUCCCGAGCCUCUCAUCAUUCCUCCUCCCAAACCAUCCACCUUCAUCCCUCCAUCCAUCUAUUCCAGCAUCACUUCCUAUCAGAGUAACCUGCGUUCUCCAGUUCGCCUGAUGGACAACCCCCUUACCUUGCCCCCGUACACACCACCACCCAUUCUGUCUCCUGUGCGGGAGGGCUCUGGGCUCUACUUCUCCACGUUCCUCACCAACAUAGCUGUAACCAACCAAAUCCUGCCACCGCCGCCCACGCCCAAGUCUGCAGCUCGCAGCCUGUUGCGUUCCACAAGUUCAGAAGUUACGCCUCCUCUCUUGUCCUUGAACACUGAGGCCACACCUGUGAGCCUUGAACCGCGGAUCAACAUCGGGCAAAAGUAUCAGGCAGAAAUUCCUGAUUUGCAAGAUCAACCUUCCUCCCAGUCUGACCAGCACAAAGCUGACCUGGUUUGGCUUCCUGUGGAUGAUGCCAAUCUUAAACAUGGUGACCAAGAGAGCAUGGAGGAUUUGAUGAGCAUGGCCUGUUCGAGUGUUUUGAGAGGAGGAGGAACCAAUCAGGAGCUGGCUUUACACUGUUUUCAUGAAUGUGGUGGAGAUUUCCUUGAAACACUUGGACGUUUGAUGCUUCAGGAUCCAAUUUUCCCCAAAGGCCAUCACCUGGCAGAUUAUCACUACUCAGGCUCUGACAGCUGGACAGCAGAGGAGAAGCGGUUUUUCAAUAAGGGUAUCUCUGCCUACACGAAGGACUUCUUUCUGGUGCAGAAACUGGUGCGGACUAAAACUGUGGCUCAGUGUGUGGAGUUCUACUACACAUACAAGAAGCAGAUGAAGAUUGGUCGCAGUGGUAUUUUAAGCUUCGGCCCUCCUGAUUCACCUGUGGAAAAACACGCAGAGGCAGUGGUGGACGUUAAGAGUUCACAGCAGCCAAAGCUGAUUCAAGGAGCGGCAGAUGAGGGUGACAAGAAGACCAUUUAUGUCCAGCAGGUCAGUGAAAGCAGCCAGCAGGCAAGGGUCGCUCAGUCACUACAGGCUCAUGACUAUGCAGGAACAGUGCUGGUGAUCAAAGAGCCAGAUACUGUUAAUAAAGAGGCUCAUCAUCUGCCAGCACCUCACAGACCUCGGGCCGAGCCUGUAGCGAAGAAGCCCCGAGUGCCACAGAAGCCCCCGCAGGAUCCUGAGACGAUAUUUCCGUGCAAGAAAUGUAACAGAGUGUUUUAUAAAGUGAAGAGCCGAAGUGCUCACAUGAAGAGUCACGCCGAGCAGGAGAAGAAGGCUGCAGCGCUGCGUCAGAAGGAGGAGGCUGAGCAGGCAGCAGCUCAAGCUCGAGCCAGGAAGGCGGCGGUGGUUGCUGCAGCGGCGGCGGCAGCGGCGGCGGCUGCCUCUCAGGCUCCUCACGGAGGUAAUGGGAACGGAGCGUCAGAUCAGGCUGAGGCCAGCAGCCAAGACGACUCAACAGAGGGGGAGGAUGACGACGAUGAAGACUGGCACUGACGGCAAAACAAAGACAAACAUUAAUGAGAUGGAUUGACCUGUAAAUAGAGGGGAGAUGGUGAACAAAUCAGGCAGGGAGGUGUUGAAAAAUAUGUACUGCCCUGUGAGGAGCAGAAUAAAGCACAAGUGAAUGCUUUUUAAGUCUUCCUGUUGAUCUUCUCACUCGUUUCCUGACCUGUCUUUGACCGUUACUCAGCUUCACACCAUCAGCCUGAAAGUCGCACUCCACGUUUUCACAUUUUUAUCUUUUUGAAAUACUCAGAGUAUGUUUUUCCUUUUUUUUUUUUUUUUAUAAAU